AUGGAAACAAAUGAAAAUAGAGCCCCGCUUCAUACCCGGGAAGGUACGCUUUCGACUCUUUCUGCCUGGAACAUGCUAAUCAUCCUUUAUAAUGUAGGCACCGCUCAAGAAUAUGCUAGAAAAGUCCGUCAUCGCGCAGAAACAGAAUCGGAGCAGUCACUGUACCCGGUUGACGACUUUGGAGAUUUCGCAAAUUUCCUUUCGCAGCCGUAUACCCCCAGACCACCACGGUUGAGAUCACCUUUUUCAGCAGUUGAUCCGACUUGCUGCUUCGUUUCCCUAUACAACAUUUCUAGUGCAAAUAUGACACGAAUCUCAUUUGAAACAAUAGGGCAGUUCGAGGAGCUUGGUCAGACAGCCAUGCCCAACAAUGACUCCUUUUCAUUACUCCUGUUGCGCGGUUAUCCUUGUGCAAAAUGGUUGAAUCAUUUAGGAGCAAGGUUCGGUAUUGAUCCUGAGUUCUUCCGAAGGCAUCUACUGUUUGCAUCGAGACCUGGAAGAAACUUGUCGAAGCCCGCCGCCACACAAAGACGCCCAUCGUGCCACUCGGAUAUGCUGUCGUUACAAGUCACCACAAUUAGCUUGCAGGACCAAGACAUGCAAAUGAAGCACCAGAAAGAAUUAGAUACCUUGCGAAAGGAAUCGUUUAAGCAGAUAAGUACCUAUACGAGCAACCUUGCUCUCUUGAACUCUUCAGAUAUGACCGCAGGCGAUUCGUUUGCUCGAGAGUUCUCCGUCCACGACUUGGUCUGCUUUUCGUUAGAGCAAUCGAUCUCAAUCUACAUCCCUUCCGCUUUGGAAGGCCGACUGGGCAUUGUCUGGCAUGAUGGUUUAAGACAACUAGGUGAUGAGAUGAAAUGGCCAUGGCAGAGUAGUAGCAGUCGUACAAACUCUAUUUUGAAAUAUCUGCCAAAAUCGCUACACAAACCCGGGAUCUCCUCCAACAGCAGAACAAGAACAAUGAGGGGCCAACCGCAAUCUGCCGAGCCUUCUGCAAGGGCCGAAUUUUUCUUGAAGAACUACCUUUACGGACAUAUCGAUCCUCCGCGUGCAGUCCAUGAUCCCUUAUACGCCUUGAGCCCGUUCUUCAACUUGGCAGUUUCGUCUGAAAUGGCAAUCCUAGAUGUUCUGGACACCAAGAUCAGAGAAGAACUCAAUCAUUCUCAUAUUAUUGGAAAUAACAGUCCGACUCUGUCAAACCUGCUCUAUCAUCAGCAAGUUCUCGGGCGCCACAUUCGAAACCUCAAAGAAACUAUCGAUGCCAUCGAGUCGCGAUAUGAGCGGAGCAUACCAGGAAAUGCGCCAGAUAGCGACGUAAGGGUGUCUACUACACAAAAUGUCGAGUUGAUUCUGGGAGAUUAUCGCGCGGCACUUACAUACGCCGAAACUCUUGCGGCUGAAUGUGUACAGGGGAUGACCAUAACAGCCCACAGUGCGACUAUCCGCGAGUCCGAAAAGGCUGUGGUUGAAGCCCAAAGCGUGACAAGGCUCACUAAAUUAGCCGUCUUCUUUGUGCCUCUGUCGUUUGUGGCUUCGUUGUUUGGUAUGAACGUGCGUGAGGUCAACCCUGGCAGCACUCCGCCGUUUUGGUCAUGGGCCGUGGCAUCUCUUGCCGUAGGAGCUAUUACCUGGGCACUGUUAAAGCAUGAUGAGAUAGAAGAUUUAACUAAGAGAGCUUGGAGGAGUUGUACGGGAGGAUGUAUAGCAGGCGUGCACGAAGCGACUCUAGAACCAGAUCAUACUGUCUAA